AAGAUACAUGUGCCGUUACUGCCGUUCCCGUUCGUGAAGAGGGUUGUUUACUGGUUUCAUUGUAUUUUAUCGUGUAUUUUAAAUGUUUAAAUGGUGCAGAGUGUUACUUUAGAAAUGGAUAAAUUGGAGCUAAUAUUGGAAACUACUAAUGGACAUGUGGAAAGUGAAUCAGAUCCUGAUGAAAGUGAUAUUGAAGAGAUUGAUGCCAUAUUUCAUGAUAGUGAAUGUUUGAAUGAAACAAUUGUGCAGAAAAAUGAAUAUAUUUUACAUGUUGAUGCUACCAGGGAAAGUGAUCCAAACAUUGCAACUGCCUCUAGAGAAUCAUGCAUGGUAUAUAAACUAGAGGGAACUCAGGUAGCACAAAUAGCAGAUUAUAUAGACCACACUAAUAUAAUAGAUUGCAGAUUUAGCAGUGGUAAUAGUAAUUUAUUAUACACAGGAUCUUCUGAUGGAAGUAUAAGAUUAUGGGACUUGAGAACGCCAAAAAACUCAUCUUUGAACUUUGUAGACAACACUGUGGAGAAUGACAAGGACAAAAAGUCCUUUAGUUGUUUUGAUGUUUCUUCAAAUGACAGACUUCUAACAGUAGGCACAAAUGUUUUUGAAGGUGAUGCAUUUUUAUUAUUCUGGGACACAAGGAACCAAAAACUGAUGGGUGGUUACUGGGAUUCACAUACUGAUGACAUAACACAAGUUAAAUUCCACCCUGAAGAUAUGAACAAACUCAUGUCUGGUUCUACUGAUGGACUGAUUAAUAUUUAUGAUUUAACACAGACAAAGGAAGAUGAUGCUUUAACAGAUACUCUCAAUUCUGAAUCAUCCAUAGAUCAACUAAUGUGGUUCAGUAAAAACCGAAAUUAUGGUAUUAGUUGUAUGACACACACUUUUGAUUUACAGUUGUGGAAUGUUGAUGAUGCAGAGCCCUAUAGAAAAGUGGAUAGGACUGAACUAGCUAAGGGAAUAAAAAAAAAAAGUGAAAGCUAUAUUUAUACAGCAAAAUGUCACCAAGCCAAAAAUGAUUUGAUGGUUCUGGUUGGUUCCAAUUUUGGAGGUGGAGAAUGUAUGAGAGGUUUGCAGAUCAAGGAAAAAGAAGUUUCACCUUCUAUUGGAUUCAAAAAAAAUAAGCAGAUUGUUAGGUGUAGCUGGUUCAAUGAAAAUAAAAAUAUAUUAUUAACUGGUGGUGAAAAUGGAAUUCUCAAUGUAUGGAAAGUGGGAAUCUAGCCAAUGUACAGCAAGCACUCUUCAUGAAGAACAUUAAUUGAAUAGUAAGUUUUUCAGGAAUAAAUUUGAAAAAAGAAACAACAUAGAACUUAGAUUUUUAUUUAGGUUACUUCCCAAACCAUAAAAUAAAAUUACUCUAUAAAUAAAAUAUCAUAUUCUAUGAAUGCAAUAAAAAAUAUAUAUAUUAGGAAAUAAAACUCCAGACUUUUUGCCAUAGUGGAAAAUAUUCAAAUAAAAUGAAAUACUCAAAUCAACAGGUGAAGCACUUUGAAGAGUUCCAAAAUUUUGAAAAUUUCCACAGCAAACAAUAAAGUCAAAACAAAAAAUGGCUCCAUACAAACCUAAAGGUAACAAAUACAUACUACAUACAAAGUACAUAAAUAUAUUUCUCUAUCAGGAAUAAAAUAAAAAAAUCUUCUCAUUUGUAUUGAAUAAAAUUUGAGAUGUCAUGGACAUAAAAAAAAAACUAAUUCUAAGGCUUAUACCUAGAGAGAUCCACAAAGACAAACUGAAAAAGCCAAAUCAAAUCCCUAGGAUUUAUAAAACAAAAAAUGUAUUAAUAGGUUUUGAAUAUUCUGAAACAUCAUAAUUAGUUUGUAAAAAUAUCACUAAAAUACUCAAGAAUUUUUGGUUCACUUGAAAAAAGUGUUCACUUUGAGAACAUUAUCAACCUGUAAAGAAAAAUUGUGUCAUUUAGGGAAAGAAAAAUGAUUGAAGGGAACAAUGAUUAUUAGGAAGUUAGUUGGUAUCAAUGGACACAAUAGGAAAGCAUGUAACCAUUAUCAGAAAGUUAGGUGAAGUGAGGUAAAGCUACUUACCAGUGGUUUGCAGUGGUUCAUUUUUCAACUUUUUAGUUAAUUUUAUGAAUAUUCCGGUUUGAAUUUACAACUUAUUGAUGGUGGGUGCAAUUAUUUGAAGUAUCAAAGGACCCUGCACUUUCCUUAUGGAAAAUGCCUUUCUGUUAAAUUCCCUGAAUUUUUGGUAUCAUGUAGAUUUCGACUUCCUAAGCAAAAGUGUCUAUGGGCACAAAGAAAUCUGGUGACUAGUUUUCGAGAUACAGGGUGUCAAAGAUGAAAAGUGAGCUUUUGCCAACAGCCAUGAAACUACCCCAAUUUCCGGAAAAUGAUAUUAGGAGUCAAAAUAGGUCGAAAAUCACUUCAGAUUUGGAAUCAGGACGCCCAAUUUACUAACUAUUCAAAUUUUUCCUGGAAAAUUUUCAGUUCGGAAAAAUGAAAUUUUGUCGCAUUUUUUAUGGAAGCACCCCCGUAUCUCACGUAAUUAUUGAGGUAGGGUUCUAAAAUUCGCCGGAGGAAGAGAAAGUCCAAAGAUAAAGUCAAUUACCUGAGAUACGGGGGUGCUUCCAUAAAAAAUGCGACAAAAUUUCAUUUUUACGAACUGAAAAUUUUCCAGGAAAAAUUUGAAUAGUUAGUAAAUUGGGCGUCCUGAUUCCAAAUCUGAAGUGAUUUUCGACCUAUUUUGACUCUUAAUAUCAUUUUCCGGAAAUUGGGGUAGUUUCAUGGCGGUUGGCGAGCAGUGUAUAUCACUGAAGAUGACCCCACUUGGUCAUAGAGUGCAUUUUUGGUAUAUCUCUCGCUCCAGCAAAUUUCAGUAAAAAGAUACAGUCCAAGUUUCUUGAAAAAAUGCGUUUUUUUUUUCAAUGAAUACCCUGUAUUUCCGAACGGAAUCGGUUAAUUUUCUUGAAUUUUUCAUAUAAUGUACGGUUUGAGGAGUCCGAGAUAUUGUCAUCAAUAUUAGCAUGGGUCUCCGGACUCGUUUGUCGGCUAUAUACUUUUUAAUGUACGGAUUUUAUUGAUACCCGAUAUACCCCAUUGGAGUCCAAAAUGGUCUCUUUUCCAACAAUUCAGGUUGAAAAAUAUUCCGGUUAGAUUAGUGUGGUACCUAUUCAAAAAAUGCAAUACCUUAUAUACAGGGUGAAUGACAUGUUUUUCAUUUGAAAGCCCUGUUUCCGAAGAAACUAGAGAAAAUUGAAAUGUAUAAGAAGCAAUAACCCUCUCAAGGAUAGAACUAAUUCUACAGUAUUUGAAAGCUAUUUCAAUUCAGAUAGAGAAAUAUUUUAUAUGAUUUCUGUGAAAUGUGCGGUUUCUACAAAAUUGGGAUGUUUUGUACUCAAUGAACAAAUAAAUGGUGAAGGUAUUAUACCUCCGAAAAUUCAAGUCCGCGAAAAGAAAUAUGUACGUUUUGUGGUCAUUUCUUCUUUGAAUUGAAAUAGCUUUCAAAUAUCCAGAUGACAUUGUACCAUCAUUCAGGCAUGUUAUUCCAUGAAUAAAUAGGCGUUUUGUCAAUUCUCGGAGUUGUUGAAAAUUCUGAGCAGAAAGCUCCACUUUUCAUCUUUGACACCCUGUAUCUCGAAAACUAGUCACCCGAUUUCUUUGUGCCCAUAGACACUUUGAGUCAAAACCUACAUCAUCCCAAAAAUUCAGCGAAUUUAACCGAAAGCCAUUUUCCAUAAGAAAAGUGCGGGUCCUUUCAAAAUUCUCAACUACAGGCUUCAAUUAAUUAUAAUAAUAUCUUUUAAUAUAAAUUCAAUAGUUUUUUGUUCUCAUUGCUGCCGAAAAGUAUGUUUUAAAAUCUCAAAAGCAUUGAAAUUAGGUUUUCACAUAAUGAUUCUGUGGUGUUUUGAAUGUUUAUUAUCAUGUAAAAUAGUAAUUUUUGUUUGAAACAGGAGUGCACCUACUGAUUUUUAAUUAAUUAUAAUGUAAAUCUGAACUUCUUUUGUAAUUUCCUAGAAAAAUUCGAAAAUACUAACCUGAAAUUUAUAGUCGUAGCUGCAAGUAAUCUAUUACACUCGGGCGUAUCGGGCAAAGGUAAUUUGACGUAGGGACUCUCAUUACUUUGUUCCGUGAACUCGAAUUCGUGUAUUCUCGGCUUCACGUUGAUAUCUCCCACAGGCCCUCUCAGUACGAUGUAACUCAAAUUCAAAGGUGUGGAAGAUUUGGAUUUCAUGAUGAGCUAAAGUAACAAAUUUAACGUCUAAUAGGAAAUUCAUGGGUUCUGGCCAAUUACCUGAUAUGACAUGUCCCUCUCUGAGCUUUGCGUAGGGUCCUUCUGGCUGUUGUUUAUCCUAGCUUUAACCACCCAUUGGUAGUUGAAGGCCGAAAAUCUCGAAGACUCGUAAAAUAAACGGUGGACAUAUUCAUCCGUGCGGUAAGGUUUUAGCUGGACAUCUGAGGAAGAGAGUAGAGGUGGAAUUCUCUUAUUAAAAAAACCUAUUUGUUAUCACCAAUGCAUAAAGGCCUGAUGAAUCCGACUCUUCCCCUUUAGUGCGAAUUUUUUUUUCUUGGAACCUCCCGAAAAAGAAUCCUGGGCACGGCCUGACGAACGCGUAUUCUGAUUCGCGAUAAAAAAUAAUACGUCCAGAACACUUCUGAGCGUUUUUUUAUGAAUUACCAAUAAACACAAGCAACAAACAAAUGUGAACCAAUGAAAACAAAGUAGACAGACCGCUUUGACAGUUUUCAAAAAUUCCAAUCGGUGGCGUACGGUCAAUUUAUAUCGCGAAUAGAGCAGUUCAGCUAGCGUUGAAAAAGAAGAAACAUGUCUUCCCCAUCUGUCCUUGUCUUCAGUGU